GGCCAUGGCGGACAGCGGCAGCGGGGAGGCGGCUCCGGCCGCGCAGCCUCAGGGUUCGCCCGGCGCCCCCGGGCGGUGGGAGCGGCUGAGGCGGCGGGGGGGCCGGGCUGCCGCCGUGCCCUGGGCUCGGGCGCUGGGGCUGCUGGCGGCGCUCGGGCUCCUCUACUGGCUGCGGGUCCCGCUCCGGCUCCGGGACAACCUGGCGGCCGUGACUGUGUUCUUAAGCACUUUGACUCCAAAAUUCUACGUUGCACUUACAGGGACUUCAUCUCUUAUAUCUGGACUGAUAUUUAUAUUCGAAUGGUGGUACUUCCAAAAAUAUGGCACCUCUUUCAUUGAGCAGGUGUCGGUGAGCCAUUUGAGGCCACUCAUUGGAGGAGUAGAGAAUAGUCCUCCGGUGCCAGGUUUUUCAGCCAACAACGGAGAAAACGAGACAAACAGGCAGAGUUUGUCAGAGUGCAAAGUAUGGAGAAACCCUCUUAAUCUUUUCAGAGGAGCAGAAUAUAGCAGGUACACGUGGGUGACUGGGAAGGAACCGCUUACAUACUACGACAUGAAUUUGUCUGCUCAGGAUCAUCAGACCUUUUUCACGUGUGACACAGACUCUCUUCGGCCUUCAGAUACAGUUAUGCAGAAGGCAUGGCGAGAGAGAAACCCUCAAGCCCGAAUCAAAGCAGCAUAUCAAGCUUUAGAAUUAAAUAAUGAUUGUGCCACUGCAUAUGUUCUCCUAGCUGAGGAAGAAGCAACAACUAUUAUAGAUGCUGAGAAGUAUUUUAAGCAGGCACUAAAAGCAGGCGAAACAGUUUACAGAAAAUCUCAGCACUGCCAUCCCCAAAACUCCCAACAUGAAGCGCAGCUUAGAAGAGACACCAAUGUAUUGGUUUACGUGAAAAGGAGACUAGCCAUGUGUGCAAGAAAACUUGGAAGAAUAAAAGAAGCAGUAAAAAUUAUGAGAGAUUUAAUGAAAGAGUUUCCACUUCUUAGUAUGUUGAAUAUUCACGAAAACCUUCUGGAGGCACUGCUGGAAUUACAGGCGUAUGCUGAUGUCCAGGCAGUUUUAGCGAAGUAUGAUGAUAUCAGUCUUCCAAAAUCAGCAGCAAUAUGUUACACAGCAGCACUGUUGAAGGCCAGAGCUGUUUCAGACAGGUUCUCUCCAGAAACAGCCUCCAGAAGAGGGCUCAGCACAGCAGAAAUUAAUGCUGUGGAAGCAAUUCACAGAGCUGUGGAAUUUAACCCUCAUGUCCCAAAGUACUUACUAGAAAUGAAAAGCUUAAUUCUACCUCCAGAGCAUAUUCUGAAACGAGGGGACAGUGAGGCAGUAGCAUAUGCUUUCUUCCAUCUUCAGCACUGGAAGCGGAUAGAAGGGGCCCUUAACCUGCUGCACUGUACAUGGGAGGGCACAUUUAGAAUGAUCCCGUAUCCGUUAGAGAAGGGCCAUCUUUUCUAUCCCUAUCCUAGUUGCACAGAGACAGCAGACAGAGAGCUAUUGCCAACGUUUCACGAUGUCUCCGUUUACCCACAGAAGGAGCUUCCUUUCUUCAUCCACUUCACAGCAGGGUUGUGUUCCUUUUCGGCAAUGCUUGCCGUUCUCACACACCAAUUCCCUGAACUCAUGGUCAUUUUUGCUAAAGCUAUUGCCUGGGUACCGCGGCUGCACUGCUGGGUCCAGGGAGCUGUGCCUGUUGCCAGGGAAACCGAUGGCAAUGCAGGGCUGUUUGACCUGGUGGCCAGAACCGUCACACAGAAGACCGGUGCUUUCUCUGCAAAAGCUGAAUAACAGCAACUUGGACUUCUCUGCACGUCGCCCCAAGCCCAUGCAGUGUAGCUACAGUGACUCAAAAGCCUGCAGUAACAGCUCGUGCACACCCUGCAUGGCUGCGUGCUGGAGCAGCAGGGCACCCCAAGCAGCCAAAAAAAAAAAAAAA